GUAUCACCUGUAUCUCGAGCAUUUUCGCAAGCGCGUUUUGUUAAACAUGCACAUCAAUCUCAAGAAGAGAAAAAUAAAGAGAAUCAAUUGGAAUUAAAAAUGGUUAGACAGGCUGAAAAAGAAUUAAAAGAGGAACUUAUGCAACCACCCACGCACUCACUUAAUACUGAGCCUGAUAAUAUGAGAACGUAUAACGAAAAAAGGAUGGAACUAUUUUCUUCUGAUGUUUUGGGAUCAGAUAUAAGACAACGAAGAAUUUUUGAACAUGAAGACACAUCAAAUAUUGAAACUGUUCUGCAACAUCACCGGAAAACGCAAGACGAACUUACAAAUGAAUUAGUAAAAAUGGCAGGAAAAUUAAAAAUGAAUUCAGUGACGUUUG